UGAAUAAAAUGAAUUGAAACAGAAAAAAUCGUUUGAAAGUAUUCUAAAUCUCAUGGAUGUACUACAUUUUAUUAAUCUACAUUUACGUUAAUAAUAGAUCAAAUUCUCGCUAUCAUUCAUGAAUAAUUGUACAUUUUACUGAGAAAUAACGGAGCCAAAAAUCCUCUCUUGAUAUUCAUAUACCGAUGCUAAAGUAACGACAAUACUGGAAAAUCUAUUCAAAUUCGCUGUGUUGAAACGUUUAGUAACGCAUUCAAAGCUGUCAGCGACUGACGUAUCCAAAUACAUAAACACACGUCCAAGUGUGCGAAGAGUAGGCAUUUGUCAAAUAUUAGGUAACGAGAGAAGAAAAAAAAUCGCAUUAUAACAAACUACGUUCUAUGCAAUCACUUGAUUUUUAUCCAAUAAAUAACUAGUUUUAAUAAAAAAUCAAUAUAGCUCUAGAUUCACAUAAAAAUCAACUAAAAUGUCGAGAGGACAGCAAACCUUCAUUUCGAUCAUUUUCCAAAAUUUCAAAAAAUCCCUGCGACCAGCACAGCGAGUCGGCACGUACAUGGGUGAAGAUUAUUUUGGAAAUAAAUAUUAUGAAAUUCCAGCUCAACCACAGAUUGGAAAACGGCGUCCAGAACGAUGGUUUGUACCGGGCGAUCGAAGAGAUGACAGUUUCGAUAAAGAAAUUACUGCUGAGUGGGAAUCAUGGCUACGAGGCCGAAGAGCUGAAGUACCAAAAGAGGAUGAGCUCAAGCACAAUUUAGCCAUAAUGCAAAUGAAGAAGAUCAACGCUGCUGAUCUCGAUGCUAAAUUCUCGGAUGGAACAGAGAAACCACCAAAAAUCACCACCGGAUUGAGCGAUUUCCCCAAAUACGACGAAUACGAAACGGUCGUUGGAAAAGCAGUGCCGAAAAAAGACUCUUAAUACCUUGUUAAUUGUAAAAAUUUCAAAAAUUAUUUAUAAGAAAGUAAUGAUAGAAUGGAAAUAAAAAAAACGCCAAGUAUUUCUUUUUUUAUUUACAUUUUAUUUCAUAAUUAUUUCUCUUUUUUA